UAAAACUUCCCUCGGCAAAUUAAGGAUAAAACACACCGUCUUACUUGCAGAUGAAUAAUUCUUUUGGCUGAAGGGGGUCGACUUGAUAGGACUAUGUGAAGAAGUUUAAAUAUUUUUGUUAAAUAUUUUUCGCCUUGUGCAGUUACCCCAAUUUUAAGCUAUAUCUCUCACGAUUAACCCUCUUAUCAUUGAUUUUAUUACCGCCAACGAGAUCUACCUCAAUAUUUGGGAGAUAUAACUAGGCAGAGAGUUUAUCUCACUUUAUUUACCCAUUGAAUCACCGGCGUUUUAUAUACUUACCCAUAAGACUUUACAUCUGUGAACAUGCGCAUUACAUAAUUGAACUUUGAGACUCUUUUUCACAACAAGAUACUCAGAUUCCGACAUGGACGACAAUCACGAAGCUGAUCCUCUGGACAAAAAGAAAGAGGACAAACAAGAGUCUUAUAAUGAAGAAAAGUCUGAGAAACACAGACGGACGAUCGGGCGAUUCCGCAUCAUGGUGUUUGCAGCUGGAAUAAUAAUACUCCUCCUGUUAAUCAUAGUUAUAGUGGUGGGUGUCAUGAAGAAAUUUGAGAAGAUUCCUCCUUGCUCGUCAGGCCAGACCGUUGAUCUAUCAGAGCCGAAUAACCCGACAAUGUUUCAUGAUUUAACUUCCAAAGAAGUGGAAGGAUUGAUGGAAUUUCUUUAUAGGCAAAAAGAUCUAAAUUUGACAAGACCCGCAAAAGCCAAAGUAAAAUCAUCCUACAUAUUUACAGCAGAACUUCAUUUACCAGAAAAAGCAGACGCAAUUUCCUACCUUGAUAGUGGUUCUGGACAAAAGCCACCUAGAGAGGCGAGGGUCAUAAUAUUUCGGGGAGACCUACUCAUAACCAAAAUAAUGGAGAUAGUCGUAACUCCACUUCCUAAUCCCACGCACUUCACGAUCUGGAAGGAUGACAUUCCUUUCCAGUAUCGGCCUAUUACUGGUCCAGAUUAUGGUGGUGCUAUAGAAAGAAUCACACAGGUCACUGAUCAGAAGGCGCGCCAACUUUUGCAGGAGAGCUUUGGUGGGUCACUUCUCAAUUGCGGUGAAACUUGUCUUACUUAUAAAUAUGUCUCACUUAUGUCUUCUGCUGUCAGUGGUCGAGAUCGACGUCUUUACUGGUUCUGGAUGUCUCAGUUCGUAGAAUUCUACAUUCUCCAUCCUAUUGACUUUGCUGUUCUGGUCGACAUGGACGAUCCAAAUUAUUCGAUUGAAAAAGUAUGGUACAAUGAACAUACUUUUGACUCCCUCGACUCUCUUGUUAAACAAUACAAUGAGGACAAAUUGCAAAAGAAACACUUACUUUUCCCUGAAUUGUCCGAGACUCUGUUCUCCAGAUUAUACAGGCGAGGUACAGAGUUCCCAAAAACAUCACAGCGUCCACCUAUUUCUAUCGAGCCAGAUGGUCGAAGAUACAGUGUAAAAGGUCAACAUGUGAAAUACAUGAACUGGGAAUUUGAUUUCAGAAUGUCUAGUACUCGGGGCCCACAGCUCUAUGACAUCCGUUUUCAAAACAACAGAAUUGUCUACGAACUAGCUUUACAAGAAAUAAGUGUAUUUUACUCCGGGUAUAAACCAACACAGAUGUUUGCAAAUUAUUUUGAUUCGACCGCUUUGAUUGGUCCCCAAGAUAAAGGGUUAGUCCCAGGCGUUGACUGUCCCUCUCAUGCCACUUAUAUGCCUGCUUCCCACGUAUUGGAAUCCUCUGAGAAGGUAAUCACAUACAAAAACUCCUUUUGUGUGUUUGAAAUUAAUACAGGAAUGCCUCUUCGAACACACCAUUCUUUCUCUCCUUUCCAUGGUGCAUUUUAUGAAGGACUGCCAAAUACUAUUCUUGUACUCAGGUCAAUCCUUACAGUGGUAAAUUAUAGCUAUCUUCUGGACUUUAUAUUCUAUCACACCGGAGCCAUGGAAGUUAAAAUUGUUUCAACAGGUUACAUACUUUCCACACCGUUUACCGCCAACGCUGCAAAUUUUGGAGUACAGGUCAGUGACGACAUCAACGGUAACUUGCAUCAUCAUAUGUUUAGCUAUAAAGUAGAUAUAGACAUCGAAGGACCCCAGAACCGCUAUAGAACUCUAGACAUUUCCACAACGGCAUCUCCCAACCGAUUCAAUCCAGACCCUAAUGCAAAAAUUGUUCAAGGCCAGUUCCAGGUUUCUGAGAAGAGAACGGAAAGCGAAGCUGCAUACAAGUUUAAUUUUGAUACCCCAAAGUACCACUUGUUUUAUAGCAACCUAAAGAGCAAUAAGUUCAACGUACCAAGAUCGUAUAGGCUACUGAGUAGAGGAAUGAGUAAACAAUUGUUACCAGAAGGCGAAGGGAAUGAACCGGCUAUGGCCUGGAUGCGUUAUCAAAUGGCAGUCACCAAACGAAAAGAAAACGAAAGAAUAUGCAGUUCGAUUUACAGUGGGUUGGACGCCAAAUCCCCAGUUGUCAAUUUUGAUGACUUUUUGAAAGACGAUGAAAAUAUUGUAGAUGAGGAUCUGGUUGCUUGGGUGAGUAUGGGUGUCCAGCACAUCCCCCACACAGAAGAUCUUCCGGUUACUCACACACCAGGAAUGGACCUCAGUUUCUUUUUGUUACCGUAUAAUUAUUUCCCAGAAGACCCUGCGAUGGGAUCACGUGAUUCCGUAAGGAUAGAACCAAAAAUUUACAAUAAUCCCAGUAGUGGUGUAAAAGUGACUGGAUUUGAUAAAGAGGAUCUACAAUGUAAACCUCCUGUAAACAAUUAUCAACAAGCUGUAGAAGCUGACCCAGGUAUUUUGUUUGAAAGUUCCGAUGGACAAUCCACAUCAAUAUAGAUAGACUCAUUGUACAUAUACAUCAGUGUUCAAUCAGUGUUCAGUUGAAGACUGGAUUUGUAAAAAGAGCUUGUGAAUGAAAUGGUUUGGAUGCAAGUUUUUGACUACGUACGGUUGUGUGAAUCAUGUUUAGAAUAUCAUCCAAAGUUCCAUAUGUUUAUUUCAAUGUGUGUAUGUAAUGCAAUUUUCGCGAUAUAGCAAUUCAUAGUAUUUACAGUAUUUUAUACUUUAUUUUAUUUUAUAUCUAUGUAGUUUUGAUUUAAAGGAACAUUUUUAGACCUAAAAUAGCUGUUUUACCUCCAAACGUAAGUAGUAUUAUAAUUAAUAAAACAUUAUUUUUGAAUGGUGGACUUAUUUAUAUUGCAGUCUGAACUAAUACCAUCGAUGGCUGUAUAAUGUAUAUCUAUUAGUUUAUGCAUAUAGAUAGUUUCAUAUAUUCUGAACGAUUGAAGUGUGUUUACAGGGAUUUUGCAUCAUUUUUACUAUCAUAUAUAUCAGUACAUAUUGUAAAAUAUCUAUGCAUUUUUCUGCGAUUUUUGAUAAAUAAUAAAUAAUUUAAUAUUG